ACGGACGUUUCAAAAAAUAAAGUGCAAAGAGGAGAACACAUCCUUCUUCAUCCAUAUAAAUUUUACAUUUUAUAAACACACACACAAUAAUACGUAUAAAUAAACACACUUACAUUUUACAUACAACAAGAAUUUUCUACUAUAUAAAAUAAACUAAUAACAGUUUGAAAUUAUUAUUUGAAUGCAUAUAUCAGACGAGAUAGGAAGUGUUUGGUUGAAAUUAUAUAGAAUAUUAAUUAAAAGCAAGUUAAAUUAAACUUUACUGAAAAAAUGACAAAACUAUGUUUCCAAUCAAUCUUGAAGUGCAUUUCUUAAAAACAAAGCAAUAAUUCACCAUUAAAUGAAAAAAGAAACGUCAAAAAAUUGUGUGAAAACUGUACCAAGAGUGAAAAACUAUAAUUCUAUCCAUAAUAAACAACAGCUGUGACCAAACCCUAAUCAAAAAGAAAAAGUAGAACGAAAAAGCUUUAAAAAAUAAUUAUAAAAAACUAACAGUGACUAAAAAUUGUUAAAUUAAGUUAUUGCCAUGCAUUAAUAUUCUUAUUUUUUAUAAAAACACAACAAUAACUGCCCAUAAAUACAGUUUUUUUUUAUAUUGAAAGUGAUAUUUGCAUUAACUAAAUAAUUUUUAAAUGAUGCUGAAAUUACACAUCUAUAGUCGUUUUUUGUAAUGUUACAUUCCGAAGAUUCCUAAGCUCACAAAAUGGAUUACGGAAAAAGAAAUAUGAACAACAGUCUUAAAAAUGACUCUGUUGUUUUUGGAUCCCAGCUGAUUGACCAAAAUUCUAGUACGCCAUAUAGUGAUGCAACACAGACAAAGAAACACAGUCCAGGCCACAUAAAAAGACCAAUGAACCCUUUCAUGGUAUGGAGUCAAAUUGAACGUCGCAAAAUAUGUGAAGUAACUCCAGACAUGCACAAUGCUGUCAUUUCCAAAAGCUUAGGUGCUCGAUGGAAAGCGUUAAGCGAAUCUGAAAAGCAACCCUUCAUUGAUGAGGCGGAACGUUUACGCAAAUUGCACCAACAAGAGUACCCAUCUUACAAAUACCGUCCUAAAAAGAAACAAACAAAAAGUUCUACAGCAGCAAAAUCAUCAUCAACUUCACAAAACCCAUUGAUGUCUAGUAGUACUAAAAAGGGAAAACGUAACGGGGUCGUUUAUAGUGGACGUGUUAAUAAAAAUGAUUCAAAUAACAACAAAAAUAGUAGCGGCUCAAAUAGUUCAAAUCACUCUAAUUCAAAACUAAAAAUAAAACUUGCUCUAGAAACAACAGACUCUUACAAUGUUAUAAAUGAGGCAACUAUUAGUCCCCGCGGACAACAUCUUAGCGUAUUUCCUAAUCAAAAUUCUCCCAACUCACCUGAAAGUGCCGCCUACUAUGAGGAAAACUCAUUGGUCUCACCAGAACCAUCAAUGACAGAACAAAGAAUUCCUCUUUUUGACACUGAUCUAAAUUGUUUGGAUUACUCGUCCAUUGAAGAGCGAUCAAUUAUAAAUACGUAUGACACAACCGCAGAAGAUAUUCUUUCAAGUUCAGCACUACGCAUCAAUCAAUCUAUCUCCUCAGAUAUUAGCAAUGUUGGACAAACUAAAUUUUACAUAGGAGGUCCAUACACUGAUGAUGAAUGUGUAACCCUUAAAGAUUCUACCACAUCAUCCAAGUUCUUAUUUGAUACAGAAAGUGUCAACGAAUAUUUAACAAGCUCAGCAGUUGACAUGGAACCAAAUUUAAAUACGCAUAAUAGAUUGAAUAUGAAAUGUAUUAUAAGCAAUGACAUAAACUCCACCGUAACUUUAAAUAGUAAUGUAUUAUGUGGUAUAGAUCAUUAUAACUUAAACAAUGAUCAAAUCCAGGCUUCAGCAUCAAAUGGUCUUCUUGCUAAUGCAAACAUAAAUGGAUACUGCAACUUUACUGCCAAAACGGAAAAUACUAUGGUAAUAGACGAUUUAUUUGGAGGUAUAGGUACGAACGAUUUCACUGAGUUGGACUUGAAUCAAUUUGAAUCAACAAGCUCUUGUUCAGGUAGUCAUUUGGACUUUUCCGGUAUCAGUACUCAAGACGUACUUUCAGAAUGUGGUAUUCCAAUCAGUAGUUUUAACUCUCUAUAAAAAUAAACUCUUGUAUUAGAGUUUUCAUUGACAUUAAUAAACCUAAACUUUAUUAAGCUUCUCAAUAAUUUAAGAACUAACAUUUAAGUCAAACAAUAUCGAAAAUUUUGCAUGGUUUAUUUUCUUUUUUCCUCAGAUCUCAAAUUUCCGUCAAAUCCCAUAUAAAACAAUAUAAAUUUGAUAAAAAUAGUAUACAAUAAGUUACAAACGCAAGUCAUCGUUUGUUACCAAAUAGUGAUAAGAGCUUCUAAAAAUAUUUUUUUUUAUAAAAAUUUAGACCGCUCCAAAUUCAUUCGAAUUUUUUGUUCGGAUAUUUUUUUCGAAAUAUGAAAAAAAGUACCUUGAAUUAGCUAAGCAAAUUCGAAUUGUAGUGUAUGUUUGUUACAUAGUCCUUUUGUGUACCCGUUAUGAUGUUUAGUUUAUGAGAAAUGAGUUAUAAAAAAAUAAACAUUUGAAAGCCCGAAUUUACACAAAAGUUUUUUCCAUACUCCCGGUGGACUGGCCAUAUGGGCAUUUGGGCAAAUGCCCCGUGGACCGUGUCAUGUUUGAGAAAAAAACACGAACUUUAAAUACAAUUUGUAGAUAAAAAAUGAACACUACUGCUAUUGAAAUUUUUAUCAAUUUUUUCAAAAUACCUUUUACUAAAAUGUCCGUUUACUAAUAAAUAAUUUGAUUUUCAACCCUUUUUUUAAGAAUUUGAGGCUGUUCAUUAAAAUGCCUGGGCCGUUUUUGGGUCCCAGUCCGCCUCUUUGAAAAAAUUUAUUUUUUUUCAAAAAUUUCUCGGCUAUGAAUAUAUGGAUAUUUUUUUGCCCAAAAAAAGUCAUUUUUUCUAACUUUGAGGCCUGGGCUCCAGAUUUUUUUGUUCAAGCCGGGAAAUUUUAAGCAUGAAUUCGAAUUCUUGGGAAAGUUUACUGUCGUUUAGCACCUUACCGCCUUUGAUUCAGUCAACUUUUCGACGUUUUCUCGAUAGGGUAUCACGAAAAUGGACUUUUUUGUGCACCAAAAACAAAGUAGUAUAUGGAACAUAUACUACAAAAUGACAAAAUUUAAUCAAUUAAUUGAUUAUUUAUCAAUAUUUUUGAUAGAAAUGAUAUAAAGUAAUUAAAAUAAAUUAAAUAAAAAAGAAAAAAAAUGGUAGCUUUUCAAAAAAAAAAUUUUUUUUUCCAAAUGAGUGAAGGGACAAAAAUUAUUAAGCAUUCUUAUAUGAAAAUAGAACGAUCUGCUAAAGUUUGUUCAAAAAAAUGUUUUUACCAUUAUUUAUAACAAAUAAAAGAAUUUCAACUAUGAAGAAGUAAUGUCUUGCAAGCCGUAAUAUCUGCAAUAUACAGGCAAUUUGUUUUUUUUUUGUUUUUUCUAACAAUUGGUAUACAUUUUAAGCAUAUACUUUUUAAAUUUUAUAACACGUUAAAUACUUUUUGACUUCAUCUCAUACAUAUUGCCGACAAAAGAAAAGCAAUUUAGGCUUUUUCUUAAGAUUUUAAAUUUUUACGUGGUUUUUUUAAUAAGUUCUGUAAAAAUAACUGAAUUGAUUAAAAGCUUAUCUUGUUUCGUUUUUAAACUAUUUCGAUUCAAAAACCAUUAAUCUUUUUCUUUAAGAGCAAAAAAAUUUAAAAAUUAUUUUUAGAAAUAAGUUCACAAAACAAAUUCAAAACUUUACAAGCUUUCCAUACGAAAAAGCACCAAAUACAAAAAUCAAUAAAAUUUCUUAUCCCCCAUGGUUUGACCCAAAAUGCAUGACCCGAAUACCUAAAACAAUAUUAUGUUGGCUCCCGGUAACAUUUUUACACUCCGGUUGUUGAUGUGCCCUAUUACUUUAUUUAUUUAUUCGACAAAUAAAGUCGCAGUCAUUUACAUAAAUUUAAUUUUUACAUAAAGUCUUAAAUUUAUUUUUAAUUCUUUUUAAAAAAGUAGCCCUGCUUACACUUACAUCAUAAAACUUCAGAGUUAAUAUUCUCUUAUUGGUACAGAUAUUUGCAUUUUGGGCGCCCUAUGAUAGAAUUUUCACUGUAAUUUGGAAGUGAGCUGUUUUCAGACAAAACUAAUGGGUUUCAUUUGGAGCGGUCUUAGCUAGACUUCAAUUGUAAUUGUAAUAAUUGUAAACCUGGUAAAAAUAAUUCACGGUUUAAAACGUGAUUCUCCAGUAAGAGGCCAGUAAAAUUUGCAGUGACUUGAUUUUUAGACAUUUUCUAUAAUUUAUGAGCUUUUCAGCUACAAAAAUAAAAAUACAUGAAUAGUAACAGAUAUACUGCCAAUUAAAAACUUUGGCUGUGCAACUCAGAUAUUUAUAGAGCUCCAAGUAAAUUAUAAAAAAGAAGUAAAUAUCUUAAAUUCACGUAACAUUUUCAUAAAUCUCAUAUCUCCUCUAUUUAAUAAAAAUAUUCUAUUUUAAUAGAUACUUCAAUAAAAUAACAACAAAAUACAAUCAUGCAUUUGCAAAACCAUUAUUAUAUAAACGGACAAAAUUAAAACAUCGUUAAAUGAUCUCAUUCAAAAUAAGUUUUGUACAUUAUAUUUAGUAAAAACGUUUAAAUUUCUGUUUAGUUUGAUAAUUAAUCAUAUAAUUCUUCAAGAAUGUUUGAUUCAUUAUUUUUUUGCGUUUAAUGUUUUAGUUUUCAAAAUACGUGAAACAUUGUUUAGGGAUUGAAAUAUGAAAAAUUUUAAAAAUAUGUACUGAUAAAUGUUAUUUAUUUAUAUGCAGAAACCGUUCCCACCUUAUUUUUACAUUUCAUAUUCUUAAAAACACAUAAGAAGGGCAAUAGAAGUAAACUGCAACCUUGUGUAUUGUAACGGUGUCACUUUGUGCCAUAAAAGUAUAUCAUUUGCUUGUCCAAAUUAUUUCGAGAGAAAAAAUCAACAAAAAUCAUAGUAUUCAGGUAUUUUAAACAGGCUGUGAAAUAAUUCAUCUAAAUCAAUAAAAUAAAAAAAAUACAUAGGAGAUUUUAAACCAAACGUUGCAAAGCAAAUUUUUCAACUGUUAAAUAUAAUGUAAUAAAGCUCACUCAUAAUUUUCGAUUCAAUACUGUGAUUUAAAAAAUAAUCAGCAAUAAUUUGGAUUUCUGCACAAAUUAAAAAAAAAUACAAAAAAACAACGCGCAAUUAUUUAACAAAUUAUUUUUUAUUAAUUAAAUUUAUUCUAUAUGUACAGUGCAAAAGCAAAAUAAAUGCAACACACCCGCAAAAAACGAUAUUAAAAAUUUCAUUUUUUUUUUUUCAAAAUUAAGCGGUGCAAGUUUUAUUGUUAAUUUUUUCUAAUAAGAACUUUUUAUGACUGUCAAAAAAUAAGAUUAAGAAACAAAAAAAAAAUAAAAUAUUUAAUAAAAUAAAAUUCAACAUAGUAUAAGAACUGCAUAUUAGUCUGACGAAAAUAAUCAACAGUGAAAGUAUAUAACGGAAUUUCUUCAUAUAUUUAUGGCUGUUUUUAUCAAAAAGAUUGAUUUUACUAAGCAUAAGUGUAGCGGAGUCAUAUGUCAUAUGUGAAAAACAUAUUUAAUAAAAAAAAAAAUGAAAAUCAUUAAAAUUGUUACUUAAAUAAUGUCAAAUUGUGAAUUAUACAGAAACAAAAUUAAAUAAGUGUAGAU